GACUUAGCAUAGCAUCCUGGACAAGGACGGCCAGCUUUCAAAGGCCAAGAGACAAGGCCGUACUGAGUUGUGCAAAGGCCAGUAGUCGAUCCGGAAAUGCUUACGCGGAAUGAAAGACGCGUUGGGAUUCAGUGGUUGAAAAUUGUUCCCCGAACGAAGUGCAGCAACUCGUUGGAGUCACCGAUUGAUUAGCCUCGCAAUUUUCGUUUCGUUAUGUGUUGAUUAGUGAGUGUGAUUGCCCAUGGGCGGAGUUUGGUUGCGAUCGAUCGAGGAAAUGGGGUCGGGAGGGCAGGAUCGAAAUGUAAUUUCCGGCCUACCAGAACCCCCUGUGUGAUCCUCCCAUGAACCAUUAAUAUCAUCAGAUUGUUGUUGCUGUUGUUGUUGCUGUUGCUGCUGUUGGCAUCUUGGCCAGGUCCUGCGUGUUGAGAUGCGUUUGGGCGUUAAUGUCCGUGAUUCUAGUGUCAAGUCUAAACAAAUCAACUUGAACACGAGCCUCGUUCUCUCUCCAUGAGUUUCUCGUUGUAGUGCUCUACUAUGCUAUACUAAGUGAAGGUCAUGGUUAUGGCGUUUGUAAGACCUCGGUCUGUUCGCAGGUGUGGUGGAACAAUGAUAACGGCUUAAAUCCAGGCCAAGAUGAGUGACAUACAACCACUAUUAUCUCAAAGGCUGUCUCGGCAACGACCUUUUGUUCUGGCUCUGGUGUUCUACCCCGUUCUCAAUAACAUCCUUUGCGGUUGCUCCACAUCUCGGUGGCCUUUGAAGCCUUACGGUCUAUGAUCAAACACAUUCAAUCUUUUCUUGUCUCAGAGCCUUCUAAGAUUGGCCCCCGGAGAGACUGCUUCAUUAACCUGUUGGCGUUGGUGGUGUACGUGUUGGGUUGAUUAAGAUGGAUGUGGAGAACCGCUGCAUUCUGAAUUGUGGCGGCGUCCGCCAUGAGACCUACAAGGCCACACUGAAGAAGAUCCCGGCCACUCGGUUGUCGAGGCUCACCGAGAACCUCGGCAACUAUGACCCCGUGCUCAAUGAAUACUUUUUCGACCGCCAUCCGGGGGUGUUUGCCCAGAUCUUGAAUUAUUAUCGGACAGGGAAAUUGCAUUACCCCACGGACGUAUGCGGUCCACUCUUCGAAGAGGAAUUGGAAUACUGGGGACUCGACUCGAACCAAGUCGAGCCUUGCUGUUGGAUGACUUAUACUCAGCAUCGUGAUACCCAAGAGACCUUAACGGUACUCGACCGAUUGGAUCUGGAUUCGGAGAAGCCCACACAGGAAGAGACAGCCAAGAAGUUCGGCUUCGAAGACGACUACUUCUCAGGCAAUCUCAGUUGGUGGCAAAAGACCAAACCCAAAAUAUGGUCCAUGUUUGAUGAGCCCUAUUCCUCCUCAGCUGCUAAGGUUGUGGGCGUGAUAUCCGUGUUUUUCAUCGUGGUCUCCAUUGUGUCUUUUUGUUUGAAGACCCAUCCUGAUAUGCGGGUCCCUUUGAUUCGAAAUGUAACCGUGAUGACCACCAACAACACGUGGGCGUGGACUCUGGACAAAUACCAGACCAACCCGCAUGAAGCGUUCUUUUAUGUGGAAUGUAUCUGCAACGCAUGGUUCACGGUGGAGAUUAUCAUGCGAUUCAUCUCGUGUCCAAAUCGAUGGAUUUUCCUCAGAUCCAGUGUGAACAUCAUCGACUACGUGGCCACGUUAAGCUUCUACAUCGAUUACCUGCUACAAAUCCUGGCUUCCCAUCUGGAGAAUGCAGAUGUGCUCGAGUUCUUUUCGAUCAUCCGCAUCCUUCGUUUAUUCAAACUCACACGACAUUCGUCGGGACUGAAAAUUCUUAUUCAGACUUUUCGAGCCUCGGCCAAAGAAUUGAUGCUCCUGGUAUUCUUCCUCGUUUUAGGCAUUGUUAUCUUUGCCUCUUUGGUUUAUUACGCCGAGCGGAUCCAGGCCAACCCGCACAACGACUUCAAUUCCAUUCCUUUGGGCCUCUGGUGGGCCCUGGUAACUAUGACCACAGUGGGUUACGGGGACAUGGCUCCCAAGACCUACUUGGGUAUGUUUGUGGGUACUCUAUGUGCCUUGGGUGGAGUGUUGACCGUGGCCUUGCCCGUGCCGGUCAUUGUGUCCAACUUCGCCAUGUAUUAUUCUCACACUCAAGCCCGAGCCAAGCUCCCCAAGAAACGUCGACGCGUGGUCAACGUGGACUUGCCUCAAUCAGGCGGGGCCAAUCGAGGGCGCGGGGGCGGACCCAAAGGGGGCAAAUUGGCCGGGAAAAUGGGCAUGGGUUUGGCCGGCAUUCCCCUGAAUCCCAAUGGCUUUGGCAUCAACUCCAUGAUGGGAGGUUUACCCGGGACAGCGGGCGUUGGGCCACGGCCCAACAUGGGCAUUAUGGCUAUGAUGGCCACGGCUGUGUCUCAACCUGCGGCUAUCGCAGGCAUCCCAUCCAUUAUGACCUCCACGGCCCGGUCCAGCUCUUCCCUCAGCAAUGGUCAUGCUUCCAACGGAGUGAAAUCUCCGGCGGACAAUGUCGCCUCCGAAAACCGGAAGACGUCGUUGGGAUCGCGUGGCCCGUCACCAAGCUUAAGCGGGCUCUACGGUCGGCGGCCUUCGCCCGUUCUUCCCACUCCUCAAAUAUUGGAACCUUGGGAUCUGACCUCCCGUGACCGCGAGGUUCGUGAUGGUGUCAGUUUUGAUGCUAGCUGCACUACUACCAGUAGUAAUGGGGGUGGACCUCGUCUCAACCGAUUAGGGUCUGUGAGCCCUAACUGGACCAAAGACAACCGUUCCAAUUCUCUGUGCCAAAACCCCAGCCAUCCACCUCCCUUUUCACCCUCGUCCUUGAUGCCCGAGGGCUCACCUUCGGGCUCCAUCCGCUCAACUCGAUCUUCUUCCUUGACUGUUGCUCCUCUCCUCAAAAUCUCCGAAGUAUCCGUUCAAUCCGUUCAGACACCCACCACCAACACGAUCUCGACGUCUUCAAAUCCGUUUCCACCCCUUUCUUCCACCUUCAGCUUUGAUGUGCUUCCACCCGCUUAUUCCAAACCCAAUGAAGAUCUUAGUGACAGGGCGUCUCUGGGUGUGACCAGUUAUGAUUUCGGUGAGCGUACCUAUCUGUGACUAGCGUGCUCGUGGUGGAACCACUCCAAACGCAGUUGGAACACUGUCAUCAUUGUUCUGCUUCUCAGCUCUGCUUCUCAGCUCUGCUUCUCAGCUCUGGACCAUUCCAAGUGCCAAAAGCUCCACGCACUCUCAAGUGGGUCAAGCGGAUGAAUAGUCCAGAUUAAAUGGGGAAAACUCUUGAGUUUGAUAAGAUGAGAUGUAAAUUCCGGGGGACCAGAAAUUUCCCCUCCAGAGCGUUGUUGUGCGCAGAACUGGACCAAGGCCCGCAGUUUCUGGUCUAUUUCAAGGUUUUGAAAUGAAGCAAGAUCAACUGCUCCUUGGGUCUCCUUCAUCGCAUCGUUGAGCAAAGACAUUCAAAACCCAUGUCUUUUCUAGUCCUUGGUCGUAAUUGCACACCGUCACUAUUGUACACCAGCUGCAAUUUUUGCCAACAUUAUGGAUCAAGGCAGGGCGGAACGAAACGCCUUUUAUAAAAUGGCAGUAAAUCACUUGCCCCCUAUCUCUUAAUAUUCAUUUCGAUAGUGUAAAUGCAUGUGAUAACACGUUAUGCCUACGGUCCUUAUCAUUGUUAUGAUUAUUAUUAUCCAAAUUCUUAUGAUUAGUAUCAUCAUUAUUAUGAUUAUACAUUUUGAUCACCAUCUACGUAUAACUAUAAUCUCCAGUAAAAACUUUUCAUCUUUUUAUGAACACUAUCGACACCUCCCUAACUAAUUAUACAACUCCUUUCAAC